AUGGCCUCCGACAAGUCCGCCAACCCCAUGCGGGAGCUCCGCAUCCAGAAGCUCGUCCUCAACAUCUCCGUUGGCGAGUCUGGUGAUCGUUUGACCCGUGCAGCCAAAGUGCUUGAGCAGCUGAGCGGUCAGACUCCCGUCUACAGCAAGGCCCGAUACACCGUCCGAACUUUCGGUAUCAGGAGGAACGAAAAGAUCGCCGUCCACGUCACCAUCCGUGGCCCCAAGGCCGAGGAAAUUCUCGAGCGUGGCCUCAAGGUCAAGGAGUACGAGCUCCGCAAGCGCAACUUCAGCGAGUCGGGCAACUUCGGUUUCGGUAUCAGCGAGCACAUCGACUUGGGCAUCAAGUACGAUCCUAGCAUCGGUAUCUACGGUAUGGACUUCUACGUCUGCAUGACCCGUCCCGGCGAGCGCGUUGCCAAGCGUAGACGGUGCCAGAGCAAGAUCGGUGCCCCCCACCGUGUCAACCAGACCGAGACCAUCAAGUGGUACAAGAACCGAUUCGAGGGCAUUGUCCGAUAAACGUGCGUGGGGUUUCUGAUGACGAGGGAAAAUGAUGGGUUGGUUUCGGAUCAGUACGACAUUCUCAACAUGCAUAUUCGGUCUCGGAUAGGAGUCCUGGUGUGUGUAAUUAACUCAAAAAAGCGAGCUUUUGACUCGCGGCCUAUCAAUGGAGCUGGCCUUGCGUUGAGCGAGUGUCCCUUCGAUCACAAUACGAUGGAGGCUUCACUAGGGUGAUUGCCGAUUCAACCAUUGGUGAUCUUUUCAUUCCAUGCCUGCAGCGGAGCGACGGUGACCUUUUUUGUUCUGGUGAUUGCACGUGUAUGUUUUGUUUGAUGUUAUUUGCUGAUCGGAUGACGUAGUCCUUCCUCGGUCACUAUCAAUGUAAAAAUAACGUCCACGUCCGUCCACGCCUAUUUCCUGGUGUGGUGUAGUGAAGCAGUUCGGGCUGUAGGAACGUAGACGUAGUCUUCUGCGUACUACUUUCAUGCUUCUCAGAGCGUGAGCGUCAAUGCGUCCAGUACGAUUUAUCCUCAUAGCACUGGUAUAUCCCAGACUUGUCUUUGCCCGUUCUCGACACUCAUGCUGCAGUCUUUGUGGCACGCACUCAGACUACUACGAUAUCUCAAUGGAUUACCUUGUAUGCAUGUAGAUCUC